UCCGCUGCGUCUUCCCCCGUGGAGCGUGCUGGCAGCUCACACCGAAUUGGUACUUACUGCCACACUGCCACCACCCUCGCAAUGAUCUGAUAGCUGACAAGGCACAAGGCCCAAAGCUCCGAACACCACUGUAAGCCGCACGGCUCAUUUAGCUCCAGCCAGCCUAAACCAAGCCCGUCAUCGUCGUCACCCUCGCCCCUCCCGAGGCUGCUCUCGAGGCCACCACCCCUGUCUGGUGGAUGGUGCAGCAGGCCGUCAGAUAGUUUGGUGUCCCUGUGCUCGCCUGGCCGCACCGGCCCUGUUUGUUAUUAUUAGGACUUCAUGCGCCAGCCUGCCCCGGCGCCCUGUGACAACUGUAGGGACCCGAUGGUACAUGGCCAUUACUAGCCUGUCGUGAGCCCGCCAAGGUCCCCUUCUUCCAGGGACACACUAUCCCCAUCAUCAGACCUCACCCGACCUCGGCGCCUCAUCGCCCUACAUCCCUCUCAAUAACCCCUGCCCGAGUAGGUAUAUACUUAUCUACCUAUCCACCUACCUGCCCACUACCUGCUAGCCUAUCUAAAUACCUAGGUAGCUGCCCACCAAGCAUUAUACAAAGCACUGCACGCACGCACUUAUCGUUAUCUCCAAGUUGGCCAUCUCAAUCUGCCUGGCGCUGCUGGCCUAGCUAAACAAGAUGUUUUCUACCCUCACAGAAACCAUAACGGAGACCCUGAUGGCGUCCGCCGGCCCAAAGGAACAGGAUGCCUCAACACGCCCCAGCCCUCUGCGGACUGUCCGCUCCUUCCCCCGAAACGAGCCUGUAAACGAUGCCGGACCGGCCGCAACCCGUCCCCAGCGAGCCAGCACCUUCCAGGACGGUGCAGCAACCCCAAGCUCCCGCACACAUACGCCAACGCCCCCAAAGCACGAGGCUCUUGAGGGGUCCGUCGACGCCUUCGAGAGCAGCCACGUAGGGGACGACCAGGCCGAUGCACCCCGGGCUUCGGUCGAUAUGGACGACCUCCCCAUCGAGAUGAUCAGCUUAACCGACAGCUUCAUCGACUCGCUGUCACACAAGGUGCACCCGACACCUCCCAACGUCGACAACCUCUCCCGACUCUUUCAAGAGUUCUACUACUCCGCAUCUUCACACAUCAACACCCACAUCGCAAGCCUGCUCACCCGCCACAGCCGCGAACAGUCACCUUCGGCAAGGUCUUCACCGGCCAACCUAUUGAGGGCGAAGGCCGCGUCGAUAGGUGGCAAGGAUAGGGCAAAGGCAUUGGCCAAGACUGAAGGAGAACAGCAGAUGAUAACGGCAGACGAGCUAGCCGACAGAAAGCGGACGAGAAAAGCGCUAGAACAAAAACGGUCGGUUUUGGAGGAGGCGGUCGAGAGGCGCUUGUGCGAGGGCAUAUACCCCAGAAUAUACCAGCACCGCUCGACCCAGGACGAGGCGCAGGAUGACAAGCUGAGGUCCAAGACGGCAGCUCUCGCUGUAGUUGGGAUCGGUCUUGCGGACUUGGGUGUGGAGCUUGGCGACGGCACACAGUCCCCCGAGGAGAUAGUGGCAAGACAGGAGGAAGUGCGCAAGUGGCUGGACCAGGCGAGGCGUGAUAUUGAGCUGAUGAACGAGUCGAGGUAUCCCCUUGGCAAGCUUACCCGGCUCAAGGCAGCCCACAAGAGCAUCGUCGAGACUCUGGCGCACUUCCACCCGUCCUCCUCGGCCGACGAGAUCAUGCCCAUGCUCAUCUACACGCUCAUCACUCUUUCGCCUGAGAAGCUGAACGUGAUCAGCGACCUCAACUUUAUCCACCGCUUCAGGUGGGAGCCAAAGCUCGUGGGCGAGGCUGCAUAUUGCCUGACGAACCUGGAAGCCGCCAUCAGCUUUCUGGAAACGGUGGACCUCGCGACCCUCCGACCUGACGAGACGCCAGCGGGCCCGGUCAAGAGCUCUAGCGGAUCAAACUCGCCCAAGGCCGAGACUUUCCCACCCGCCUACACAUCCGGAUCGUCAAGCACGGCUCAGGGUCCCGUAGACACGACAUCCACCACAGAAGGAGCGUCCAAGGUAACGGUAGCAGCAACGACAACACCGUCGGCCGAUGCCACGGUUCCAUCUGGGCUGCGUGCAGCCGUGCAGCUGCGGAAUCGACGGCUUAGCGAUCUGGUCAACACCCCUGCACAGGCUCUGGGGGCCGCUAGCGACGCCGUGCUCAACACGGCCGACCAAGGUUUGAAAAACAUCACCAACAGCCUUGGAGACAGCUAUAAGUUCUUCAUCGGCAAGCUACGGGAGCCACUAGGCUCCGGCGGGGAGACUCUGGUGGUUCCCAAGACGCUGGACGACGCCCGCAAGCUGAUUGGAACUCCGCCACCCGACGAUGACGGAUCGGUCAGCGGGGCGAGCUCGGUGCACGGCCCGGAGGAGCCCGAACGGGUCGGCUCGCGAGUGGUCAGUCGGGAGGACAAGAUGCUGAGCUUGAUCGGUGGGCGUAGGGCCCCGCGUGACCACAGCGCCGACAGUACCAGGAGCGCAGGCAGCAGCUCCAAGAAGGUUCUGUUCGCGAGCGACGACGCCAAGGCGGCGGCGACCGGCCCGACACCCUCCGCGACCCCCAACCCAACGCUAUUCGACUCGGCCCGCAACUUUGGCAACUCGCUGAACCCAAUGUCGAGGCUGUCUGGGAUAGGCAUGAUGCGGGGGUUCGGUAGGACCUCGUCUACCCCGGUUGUGCCCGUCAAGCAGGCCGACGGUGGCGAUCUUGCAUCUGCCUUCCCGGAUAUAGCCACCGCCUUACCACCGAAGCAGCAGCCUCCGCAAAUCGCACCGCCUGUUAAGAAGUUCAUGGAGGCGCAGACGUCAGCUGAGCUUCGGAUUGGCGAUAUUGGAGACCUGCUCCGGGACUACCGUAGACUGGCGGCUGCCCUGAAGGACCGGGAUGGCUUCAAGGACGCUUGAUGCACGGUCGGCUGACCAAACCAAGUGCUCUCAAGUUUCUCGUGGCAGGCGGGCUCUCUCGUGAAGCGACAGCAGCAGCACGAAUGAAUGAGAUUUUUGGGUUUCCCUGCUAUGUCAUGAAUCUCUGUUGUCUGCAUGGUUAUUCUAGACAGUUCAGCUUUUGGAUGGACGUGGCAUCAUUAUGAGAUUUAUCGUUGGUGAAAGAAGGAUUUAGAAUGGUGGCUAUGUCUGGCGUGGCAAAACCAGGGGCUGAUAGUUGCAGGAUAUAAUGAAACAUGACAAUGGCACUUGGGGCGUUUAUGCCAUGAAAUAGAGCUGUAUGAAUCCUGGCAAGCUGAGCACACUUGUCCACAGAUAC